AUGCAUGAGAGGCUAGCAUCAGUCACCUACCGAGCCCUCCGAGACGCCACUACCUCCCCCGUCAUGAAGCUCAUUAUUUUCGCCGCAGUUGUAUCAGUCUGCUUAGCUGACAAACUGCCCAGUCACUUCGGCUAUGCCUCUCCACAACCUUCUUCAGCCUUCAGCCACAGGUCGCGACCUGCAUCUCGCCCUUCCUUUUCUGCCCCAAGACCUGCUCCCCAGCCAACCUACUCCGCACCGAGGUCUGCUCCCGGUCCAGUAGUGCCCAUCCUUGUGGACGACCGCGUCCACCCCGACGCAGGCGCUUACAGCUUCAACGUUGAGACCGGUGACGGCAUCUCACGCCAGGAAAGUGGAUCGCCUGUUCCCGCCAAGGAGGGUCCCGUCACGGCCAUGUCUGGCUCCUACUCCUUCACCCUCCCUGACGGACAACGGUUUGAGCUUCGUUAUGUGGCUGACGAGAACGGCUUCCAGCCUCAGUCAGCCUUCCUGCCCGUGGCCCCAGCCUUCCCUCACCCCAUCCCCGCCCACGCCCUUGAGCAGAUCGAGCGCGCCCGUCAGGAGGAUGCUGCUCGCCUACGUCAAGGACCUUCUCAGGGAUACAGUGCGCCUUCCCGGCCUUCUCGCCCUUCUAAUUCCUAUGGCUUUCCUCAAUCCCACAAGGCAGAGGAUUGUCUUGCAUUGACUCUACCUUCUUUUUGUGAAAGCGAGCUGUCUCACACCACUGGAGAGGGCAUUCCAACGACACUGUAUAGCGUCGGCAAAACAGGGAAAGUGGCAGUUACCAGUUAUAAGCUACAGUGUUCAAUUGGCUAUCAGCAUCGGCUCUUAGUCACAAUACAUGACUUGCGUGAGUGGAACUGCCUGUGUCUCCUUGACCAUGACAUUUACACUCGAAAUCUAAGACAUGUGGGACCAACACCAGUGAUCAUGGCUGUCUCAGUUCACACAAGCAAUGAGACAGGGGGAGGCGCGUCGGUGGCCAAAUUUGCUUGUAAUCUUCCUGCAACAUCAUGUAAAAACGAAAGCUCAUCAGCCAUUCGACCCACCAAACCCUCCGUCAUCAUGAAGAUUUUUGUUUUCGCCGCAGUUGUAUCAGUCUGCUUGGCUGACAAACUGCCUAGUCACUUCGGCUAUGCCUCUCCACAACCUUCUUCAGCCUUCAGCCACAGGUCGCGACCUGCAUCUCGCCCUUCCUUUUCUGCCCCAAGACCUGCUCCCCAGCCAACCUACUCUGCCCCGAGAUCUGCUCCUGGCCCAGUAGUGCCCAUCCUUGUGGACGACCGCGUCCACCCCGACGCAGGCGCUUACAGCUUCAACGUUGAGACCGGUGACGGCAUCUCACGCCAGGAAAGUGGAUCGCCUAUUCCCGCCAAGGAGGGUCCCGUCACGGCCAUGUCUGGCUCCUACUCCUUCACCCUCCCUGACGGACAACAGUUUGAGCUUCGUUAUGUGGCUGACGAGAACGGCUUCCAGCCUCAGUCAGCCUUCCUGCCCGUGGCCCCAGCCUUCCCUCACCCCAUCCCCGCCCACGCCCUUGAGCAGAUCGAGCGCGCCCGUCAGGAGGAUGCUGCUCGCUCCCGCCAAGGAUCUUCUCAGGCAUACAGCGCCCCUUCCCGCCCCUCGCGCCCCUCCAACUCCUAUGGCUUCCCUCAGUAAUAAAGAAGCAAUAUUCGCCGAUAUGUAAUAUCUGUUUACGAUAUUUAUGAAUUUCUCGAUACUUUUUUCAA